CCAGCCAGCAUUUCACUCCGUGAGGUGGAAGAAAAAUCAUCUAAGCUGGAGGUAUCGGAGCGACCUUCAUCUUUCGGACGGAUCUCCCGGCAACAGUCAAUGUUACUGUAACGACUCAGCACUCACAAUGGACCAGACGAUAAUGCAGCAAGCAGUGAUGGGCUCUAAUGAUGAGGUGGUGUGCAGUGUCAUCCAGCCCCCAAUGGAUGACACUGAUGCAACUCCACCUAACAACUCCCUUGGUUUGAACUCAGUGGAAUGCGGCAGCAUAGAUGUUGCAGCUCCCUCUCUCCCCAUAAUUGAAAAGCCGGCUCCUACCUAUGAUCAGUUGUUUCCCGCUCUGAAGAUCAGCGGCGAUGGCCUCAACUCCUUCAUGACAACGAACAUCCCCAGCGCUGCUGCCACGGCUCAGAGCGGAGGCUGGGGUGCGGCAGCUCGCAACAACGACGCUAUGCGCAUCCAGUCCUCUAUUGUGACUCAGGUAUUUGACGUUCGUCAUGAAGAGCGAGCAAAGAUUGAUGGGAACAACCAGUUUGGUGAGUCUGCCUCAUCUUCCAUCUGUGCGGACAUCACCAAAAAGACCGGCGCUCACAUCGAAAUUUCCUCUGCAAAGGAUCACAGCCUAACUUUCUUGGUUACGGGAAAAUCUGAUGCGGUUGCCAAGGCUCGAAAACUUGUGCUUGAAAAGUUCCAAGCUCAGAUGCGUCAGACCAUCAAAAUCCCCAAGGAGCACCACAAGUUCCUGCUUGGCAAGAAGGGUAAGAAACUUCAGGACCUCGAGUUGAGCAGCUCUACUAAGAUCCAAGUGCCUCCUGCCAAUGAUCCUUCUGAUGUUGUCACCAUUUGCGGAACCAAGGAGAGCAUCGACAAAGCAUUGCAUGAAAUUCGCAUCAUUUCAGACGAGCAGAGUAAGCAGGCUUAUGAGGUCGUAGAAAUUCCUAAGAUAUACCAUCCAUUUGUGUGCGGUGCCAACAACAGCACCAUUGCUAACCUGAUGGCCGAAUAUGGAGUAAGGAUCAACGUGCCUCCAGUGAGUGUCAUGAAGGAUGAACUCACCAUCACUGGUGAGAAGGACAACGUUCUCAAGUGCAAGGAGAUAAUCAACAAAACUUACCGUGAUAUGGAGGCUAAAUGCCAGACUGUCUCGGUGGAGGUGCCCAAGAACCAGCACAAGUACGUUAUCGGCAAUCGAGGCUGCAACAUUGCAGAGAUUUUGCAGAAGUUCAAUGUGAGUGUAGAAAUGCCUCCUCAGGACUCCAAUUCGGCCUCUAUUACGCUGCGAGGAACCCAAGAUAAGCUUGGCAGCGCACUGACGAUGGUUUACGACAAGGCAAACAGCAUGGUACAGAGAGAGAUCACUGCCCCUGCUUGGCUCCACCGCUACAUCAUCGGGCGUAAAGGAGCUAAUAUUAACAAGAUCACCCAGGAUUUCCCUCAGGUUCACGUGGAGUUCACUGACAAGGGGGAAAUUAUCAAGAUUGAAGGACCCCUUGAUGAGGUGGUGAAAGCCUGUGAGAGGCUCGACUCUAUGAUCAAGGAAAUGAUGUCUCGCCUUACUCAAGAUCAGAUAAUUGUGGACCCAAAGUUCCAUAAACACAUUAUUGGUAAAUCCGGCGCUAACAUCAACCGCAUCAGAAACGAAACCAACGUCAUAAUCAACAUCGAGCCAAAUGGCAACGUGAUCAGGCUAGAAGGUUCCCCAGAAGCCGUUGCUCAGGGCAAGCAAGAGCUGCUUGAGCUCGUCAAGAAGAUGGAAAAUGAGAAGGAGCGGGACAUCAUCAUCGAGCAUCGUCUGCACCGCAGCAUCAUUGGCACCAAAGGAGAAAAAAUCAAGGAGAUCAGAGAAAAGUUCAAUCAGGUCCAGAUUUCGUUGCCAGAUUCAGGCCAGAAAAACGAUAUUGUCAAGAUCCGCGGCCCCAAGGAGGACGUUGAUGCUUGCUACAAGCACCUGCAGAAGCUUGUGAAGGAGCUGCUCGAGGAUAACUAUCAGAUCAAGGUGCCCAUAUUCCAACAAUUCCUCAAGUUCAUCAUCGGCAAGAGUGGAGCCAACAUUAACAAGAUUCGUGCAGAAACGAACACGCGCAUUGACCUCACCUCGAACGACCAGGGCAGCGAUGAGAUCAUCAUAAUCGGCCGCAAGGAGAACUGUGAGAAGGCCAAGCAGCGCAUCCAUGAAAUACAAGAGGAAUUGGCAAACAUCGUCGAGGUGGACAUCAUGGUGCCUGCUAAGUUCCACAACUCGAUCAUCGGACAGCGAGGUCGCCUGAUCCGCAGCAUCAGUGAGGACUGUGGUGGCGUUACCAUCAAGUUCCCACCUGCUGAUAAAAAGUCUGAUAAGGUCACCAUUCGUGGGCCUAAGGAAGACGUGCAGAAAGCCAAGAUGAUGCUCGUGGAGCUCAGCAAUGAGCGCCAGCAGUCAGGCUUACUUAAUAUGCACACAUGUGAUCGUUUUAGGAUUGUGACCAUCAAAGGAGGUGUUGAGUGUGUGGCUGGAGCCAAAGCUCGCAUUCUGGAAAUUGUGAACGAUCUUGAAUCUCAGGUGAGCGUUGAUGUGGUGAUCCCUCAACGUCACCACCGCACGGUCAUGGGCCAGAGGGGCUCUAAUGUACAAGGCAUCCAGGCGCAGCACAACGUCGAGAUCAAGUUCCCUGAGAGAGCGACCCCUGAGGAGCUGCAGAGGAGAGAACAAGAGGAACCCACGGAUGAGGUGCGGCCUUGCGACAUUGUGCGUCUGAAAGGCUCUGCUGAAGCUUGCGAGGCUGCAAAGAAGGCACUGCUGGACCUGGUGCCCAUCACUGAAGAGGUGCACGUGCCCUUCAAAUAUCAUCGCUUCAUCAUCGGCCAGCGCGGCCAGGCUGUCAAAGCCUUCAUGACCGAGUUCGACGUUAACAUCCAGAUACCACCUGCAUCAGCAGAAACCGAUGUCAUCAAAAUAGUAGGUCUUGCCAGCAACGUGCAGAACGCAAAAGAAGGACUCCUGAAGAAGGUGGAAGAACUGGAAGCAGAAGAAGUGGACAAAGCCGCUCGCAGCUUCCAGCUGUCGAUCAACGUCCAGCCUGACUACCAUUCCAAGAUCAUCGGCAAGAAGGGAUCGGUUGUGUCCAAGAUCCGUGACAAGUACGGCGUAAACAUUCAGUUCCCGUCCAAGAAUGAUGAAGAUCCAUCGCUCAUAACCAUCACUGGAUAUGAGAAGAGUUGUGAAGAGGCUCGCCAGGCUAUCAUGGACAUCACUGGAGACCUCGACACGUUCGUCAAGGUUCCCAUUGAGAUCGACCAGCGCGUGCAUUCCCGCCUCAUCGGCUCCCGUGGCAAGGCCAUUCGCAAAGUCAUGGACGAUUAUAAGGUAUCGAUCACUUUCCCUCGAGAUGAGACCACCCCCAACACGGUCGUGAUCUCAGGAGCUGAAGCAAACGUUGACAAGUGCGCUGAGGAGCUCCUGAAUCUUGCCGAGGAGUACAUGCAGGACAUCUUGGAGCGCGAGGACAUGAACAUGUACAGCGCCUCAAGGCCUCCUCCUCGAGAGUUCGGUGCCUGCCUGGACAUGGGCUUGAAGGGAGAGCAGGAGCCCCUGGAGCAGAAGUUUGCCGAAGAGGCCGAACAACAGGCGGCUGACGGCAACUGGGCUGAAGCUGAAGUUGUAGAGGUACGCAAGCCUCUUGCCAAGUCGAAGCCUGCUCAGAACGGCGGCACGCAUCUCACCAAUGGAUCUGCUGGACCUAAUAAGCAGGGCUUUGUGGUCGCGGGUGCUCCCUGGGCGCAGGAAGCUCCUAACAUGAACUCCUCGCAAGACUUCCCGUCAAUGGGCAAGAAGGCUACGGCGUCUGUUCCUCAGAUGUCAUCUGCUUGGGGCCCCAAACGAUAAUUCAGAGGCCUUUCGUCGGGAGCCUGAAGCUCGUUUGGCAGCUGAAAAUGCACUGGCAUCUUGACUCAAGUGCCUGUGCGUGUGUCUUGCCUUCGAAAGGAGCGUAGCUUCCUGUAUUCAUUGGUUGCUACUGCAAAUUUGUUCUGCAUUAUUUGAAGCCUCUGCAUUGAAGGAACUGUGAAAUCGACUUGCUGGUUAUACGGUUCCUCCGGAGCUGCCAGAUUGCCAGACUAGUGUUUCAUAUUUGUUUCAUAAAUUAGUGGAGAGCUGUAGUAGCUAGUAUAGUGACGCUGCCGCUGUUGCGCUGCCAACAUUUUUCAUAUUAUAUUUGUGUUCUCUGGGUAAGUUUGGUUUGCUGGAGGAAGGACCUUUUUGUGUUCCUCUCUGCUCUUGCUCACUUGUCUGGUUAUUAUCGUAGGGGGCAUUGUUUGCCGUACUCUUAACGUAGCUAUACUAUGCUGCGUUAACAAAGGGUUUAGUUGUUGAAACCUAUAUAGUUUGGUUUGGUGUAUUUGUAGUGUUCUUUUAGUUAUUUUUUUACUCAUAUUGAACUGUUUCUCUGAGCAACUUCGCGUCCUAAGUCUCUCUGCCUUAUUUUUGAUGGCCUUGCUAUGUCAUUUUUUU